CCGAACUACAAAAAGUGGAGUAAACUUUUUCGUUUACUUGCUCUUCGCUUCAAUCUCAUGGGAUUUCUCGACGGCACCACUAUUGCCGCCUCCUCCAACGACACUGAAUGGCUCCAGUUUGAUGCCCUCCUUCAAGGGUGGAUUCUCUCCACCGUCACGGACGAGGUUUCAGAUCUUGUUCUCGCCAACAGCCCCUCCGCUCAUUCUCUCUGGACAGCGAUCUACAAGUUGUUUCAUGAUAACAAACAUGCUCGGGCGAUGCAAUUAGAGCAUCGUUUCCGCACAACCGUCAAGGGCAACCGGACGAUCAAUGAAUAUUGUCACCUCCUCAAAAAUCUCGCCGACUAUCUUGAUGAUGUGGAUGCUCCGGUGACCGAACAUGCUUUGGUUUUACAGGUUCUUCAGGGGUUGCCGCAAGACAUACGAGGCCAGGUUACUUUUCUUCAGUAUCAAACUCCUUUUCCGACUUUUUUGGAGGUUCGCUCGGCCCUCUUGCUUGUCGAACAACAACAAACAGACGCCACCCAUGGCGCCGGCUCGUCGACGGCACCCCUCAUCGCUGGCAGUGGCGGCGGGUCUCCAGCGGCGGGCGGACAGCAGCGGCAGACAGGGGGUCCUGGGCGCGGCUAUGGCAGUCAAUCUCGACCCUUCAACAGUGGGCGUGGUCGUGGCAGCUCGAAUCAACGACAAUCCAUUGGGAUUUAAUAUAAACAUUAAAAAAAACAUAAAGAACACCAACCAUUUUUAGAAUUUUAUGAAAUUAACAUAAACAAGGUAAAAAAAAGUGUAAAUUAGAAUUGAAAAACAACUUUUACAAAGAAAUUGGAGAAGAAAAAGAAAUUGACAAAUAAGGGUUACCACUUGGAGAAGAUGAUGAAAUUGAAGAAUUGGAACUGUGAUGGAACCAUAAUCAAAGCUGGAGGUCGCCGCCCACCGCCGGAACUACUGCCGCCGCCAUAGCAGCGGCCAAGCCGCUGCUUUAUUUCCGUGAUUCCCCCCUCUUGUCAGCUGUGAUUUGUCUUCAAUUUAUAGCCGAAGGAUUGUUCCGUUGAUUUCUUCCCGUUGGCAAUUGAUUCUAGCGAUAAAUGUGGGGGAGCGUUGAAGGAGUUACGCUGAUUUUUUUUCCGUUGAAGAAGAAAGCCGCUGCUCAAUGAAUUUGCCGAUGAAGA